AUGGGUGACCCCCAGAUCCAGUACCAUGAUGUGACUCCUCGGACCGAGUAUGAAGAUGCAAUGGCGGGAAUUCCUCUCCAUGAUGAGACUCCUUGGACCGAGUGCGAAGAUGCCGUGUCACCGAUGGCCCAGGGCUUGGCGAACAUCCAGCCUGAAGCAGCUUCGCCGUCAAUAAUGCAGCCGAUGAAGAAGCUCAGCGCUAAGAGCUACAGAGUGGGAUGGAUCUGCCCGUUGGAAGUCGAGCAGCUUGCGGCAAUGCAUAUGCUUGACGAAAAGCAUGAGCGUCUUGGCCAAUCUCCCGCCGAUAACAAUGUCUAUAACCUCGGAAGCAUUAAUGGGCACAACGUCGUCAUCGCAGGCCUCCACAACCCGGGAAAUUGCCCUGCAGCAACUGUUGUCACUCAGAUGAGGAUGACAUUCCCUCGUCUCAGAUAUGCCUUGUUGGUUGGCAUUGGGGGUGGAGUACCGGUUGAGACUGACGAAGGAAUGGUCCGGCUAGGCCAUGUGGUCGUCAGUAAGCCAACGGGUGAACACUCUGGAGCCAUACAAUAUGAUCAUGGAAAGGCAAGUCAAGGCCAUUUUGAGCCCACUGGCUCUCUUAUGCCGCCUCCAGCGGCGCUUCUCAAUGCUGCACAAGACCUAGCUGUACAGCGGAUGAUGAUGGACCAUGAUCCUGUCUGGAGCAACAUACAAAGAAUACACACAGAACGCCGGGGUUUGCGACGAUUCAAGUUUCCAGGUUACACCGCCGAUUACCUCUAUAAACCCCAUUAUCAACAUAAGCGACCGAGGACAUCUUGUGACAAAGCAGGAUGCAAUCCAGAGGAGCGUAUCGAGAGAGCUAUAGAUCCAGACGAGGAGUCUUUUGUUGUAGUGCAUCGAGGCACCAUAGCCUCUGGAGAAUUAGUACUGAAGGAUGCUAAGAAGAGAGAUCGUCUAGCGCAGAAGUACGGUCUCUUGUGCUUUGAGAUGGAGGCUGCUGGGGCGCUUACCGAGUUCCCUUGCCUGGUUAUUCGUGGCAUUUCUGACUACUGCGACUCUCACAAGAACGAUGACUGGAAAGCUUUCGCGGCAGUGGCUGCGGCAGCGUAUGCCAGGCAAUUGUUCUUUCAUAUGCCUAUUGAGGAGACGCAGAUAGCCGAAAGUCAGAUACCCCCGGAUUUAUUUAAAAAGGCUCAAUUCUUGGUCCCGUAUAACGAAAAUGCCGAGUUCGUUGGUAGAUUAGAUAUCCUAGUCAGACUCCAACAGCAACUUAACGUUGGGCAGUCACAAGGGUCCGUCAAGCCAUACUCAAGAGUCGCACUCUAUGGCCUUGGUGGGAUCGGGAAAACACAGAUUGCACUGGCAUAUGUGUACUGGCUCCGUGAGACCUAUCCCGACGUUGCAGUAUUCUGGGUACAUGGCGGUAGAGCAGGACAAUUUCAUGAGGGUUAUGCUUCCAUAGCGAGAGAAUGCAGCAUUCCGGGGCACGAUGAUCCAAACGCCGACAUAUUACGGCUCGUCAAGCAAUGGCUGGAGCAAAGCUUCAAGACUCGGUGGCUAAUGGUGAUUGAUAAUGCUGAUGACACCGAGCUGUUCUUUAGGUCCCACGAAGACACGCCAUCAAGGAUAACGACCCAAUCUUCUUAUAAAGAAUAUGACCUUGCGUGCUAUAUCCCGGAUUGCAGGCACGGAUCAAUCCUUGUUACCACCAGAAAUAAACAGGCAGGGCUGAAGUUGGCCCCCCAAGCAAAGUCCUUGAUUGAAGUCGGCAAUAUGGAGAAGAAUGAAGCACACUUGCUGUUAUGUGCAAUUUUGGACGACGACCAGCUUCCUGAACAUGACACACACCUCCUCGCGGCUAAACUCGAACAUAUACCACUUGCCCUCGCACAAGCAGCGUCCCUUAUUCAAGAAAAUACCAUAUCUAUCAACGAAUAUAUCCAGUUACUGGAUGAGAGUGACUCAGAAUUGCUUAGCCGCCUGAAUGAGUCUUUUGUGACAGUCGGAAGAGAUUCAGAAACGCCGCAUGCAGUCACAGCAACAUGGAUUAUCUCUUUCGAACUAAUAAAGCAGCGAAAUAUGUUGGCAAGCAACUUCCUAUCUUUCCUUAGCUUCUUCCAUUGGCAAGCGAUCCCGAAGGAAUUUGUGCAUGACUAUUGUAGCCGCUUGUCACCGAGCGAUGCAGUUACCACCACAACGACAGCAAUUACAAAGGCCCUGGGCAUCCUCAAAGCCUUUUCUUUCAUCUCAGAGGACAAGGACCGGAAUAUGAACAUGCACCGGCUCGUACAGCUGGUGACGCGGAAAUGGCUUGCUAUUAAGGGUACAACCUCCGGGUUCGGACAACGAGCUCUUAAAACGGUGACCGCACUUUAUCCAUUUGGCGACACUCACGAGGCGCAAGAAGAAUGUUCAAAACUUCUUCCGCAUGCAUAUGCUGUUUUAGAGAAUCACAGAUGCACACAUUAUGGCGAAACGGACACAUGUUUAACAGAAAGUUCCUUCCCCUCAGCGUUACAGACAACAGAUUCAACAAAGCGAAAUACUACAGAAGCAGAAAUCAUAAAUGAACUGAGUGAAAAGAGACAGUGGACUGAGAAGCCCUCGGGAGACCUGAGGGUAAAGGCAUGGCUUUUGCACAAUAUGGGGGCGUAUUUGUUCUACCAAGGCGACUUUAACAAAGCAGAAGAGUUACAAGUUGAAGCAAUGACUAUAUUCACAGAGUAUAGGGGCAAGGAACAUCAGAAUACACUCGCCAGCAUGCAUAGCCUCGCAAGAACAUAUAUCCAGCAGGGCCGAUGGGAAGAGGCAGAGAAGCUACAGGUGCAAGUAGUGGAGGCCAAUAAGACUAAGUUAGGGGCGGAUCAUCCUGAUACGCUCGCUAGCAUGACGGUGCUUGCUGUAAACUGGAGGCAUAAAGGUAUAUUGGAAGAGGCAGAGAAGCUACAAGAGAAAGUGAUGGAGACUCGCAAGAUUCAACUAGGAGCAGACCAUCCUGACACACUCGAGAGCAUGAACAAUCUCGCUCUAACUUGGGCACAACGAGGAAGAUACGAAGAGGCAGAGAAGCUACAGGUGCAAGUAAUAGAGACUUCUAAGAUGAAACGAGGGGCGGAUCAUCCUGAUACGCUCACUUUCAUAAUGAAUCUCGCUUUCACUUUGCGUCAACGAGGCCGUAAACGAGGCCGAUUGGAAGAGGAAGAGAAGCUAUUAGCGCAAGUGAUGGAGACUCGCAAGAUUAAACUGGGAGUAGAUCAUCCUGCUACACUCAGGAGCAUGUAUAAUCUCGCUAGCGCUUGGAAAAAGCUGGGCCGAGAUGACGAUGCCAUGACCUUGAUGCAGGAGUGUAUCGAAGCCGAACGGCGGGUCCUUGGGACGAACCAUCAUGAAACUCUGCGGACUUUAUCCGUUUUACAAAAGUGGAAAGAUGAAAUUAGCAUGAGGGAUGCUAGUAGGUCGGAAAGUGCUUGA